AUGGCUCAAGAGAACAAAGAUCCAUGUGUAAAGUUUGUGGCGGCUCGGGGAAACACUCAACUUUUCUUUGCAGCUUUUGAGUCUAUGAAAGAAUACUUGUCAGAAGAAUGUCUUCAAGCUCUUACAAAAGAAGAGGCAUUGAAUAUAAAAGAGAAUGACACAGCUCUUUAUGUCUUUGAACCAUUUAGAGGUGUUGCAUUUGAUCAUCUCCAAAAGAUUGGCUGUAGAAUUAUUGGCCCACAAGUAAUCAUAUUUUGCAUACAGCAUCGACAGUGUAUCCCAAAAUCAGAGUAUCCUGUUUACAAUAUGAUUAUGGCAGAUAUAAUUAUUUCUUGUACAAGUCUUGACAAAGCAGCAAAGGAAGAAAUGCAUAAGUAUGUACAAAUGAUGGGUGGACGAUUUUGCAGAGACUUGAAUGUGGCAGUAACUCACCUUAUUGCUGGAGCAGUUGGCAGCAAAAAAUAUUUAGUAGCUGCAAGCCUAGGGAUACCUAUUAUGCUUCCUUCUUGGAUAAAAGAGUUAUGGAGGAAGUCACAAGAGAACUGCAUGACACAGUUUUCAGAUAUAAAUAUGGAAGAUUUCAAAUGCCCUUUGUUUUUUGGCUGUACAAUCUGUGUGAGUGGUUUAUGUACUCCGGAAAAAAGAGCAAUUCAGCAACUCACAACUGAUCGUGGAGGUCGAUAUAUGGGACAUCUGAAAAUGAAAGAAUGUACACACCUCAUUGUUCAAGAGCCAAGAGGUGAGAAAUAUGAAUAUGCUAAAAGAUGGAAUAUACAUUGUGUGGCACUUGAGUGGUUUUAUCACAGUAUUGAAAAAGGCUUCUGUCAAGAUGAAGCUAUGUACAGAACAGAGCUUUUAUCAGAAACAAAUAGUGAGCUCUAUACUUCAGUUAUUCUGGGUCAGAACAAUGAAGCUAGUGGUAAUUAUACUGUUUCAGACUUUUGUCACAUUUCUAAUGUCCAUUCAGGUUACAUUAAUGAAUUUAUACAAAAUUCAGUUAUGAACAACAAACUAGAAUCUCUACUUGAGAAUCUACAAAAUUUGGAUAUCAAUGCAUUUCAAGCUCCUAUGGAUUUACUAAAUGGCUGUCGGAUAUACCUUUGUGGGUUUAGUGACAAAAAGUUAGAUGAAGAUAAGUUGAGAGGACUUAUCAGUUGUGGUGGUGGAGUUUGCCUUAAUCAGUUCAAUGAAGAUGUAACACAUGUUAUUGUGGAAGAUUAUGAUGAUGAAUUAAAGCAGUUUUGGACUAUAUCAACACACAGGCCUCAUAUACUGGAAGCAAAAUGGUUGUUGGAAUGUUUUAGUAAAGGUUAUCUACUUUCUGAGGAGCAAUACAUUCAGUUGAAUUACCAAACAGUCGAGAUACCCUUAUCAGAGCAAGCAGGAAUGAAAAGGAAUAACAGUUUUUCCAAGAUAGAAUUUAGAGAUACUGAGAAGCUUCAGCAAGCUGAUGAAGACCUCCUCUCCCAAAAUGACAAUGACGACAUGACUAUAGAUGAUGAUGAGAUGUCUGAAGCAAAGAUCUUUAAUGAUCCUACUCAUGUUACUUUACAAGUGGAGAAUCAGUCUUCCUUUAACCCCAGCUUACUGCUUGAGACUCUGACAAUCAAUGAAAGCUUAUUUAGCCAGAAGAAUUUCCUCGUUGUAGGUUAUGAUGAUGAAGAUGAAUCUUUCAUUGCCAGUGCUAUUAAGGAAAAUGCUGGAAUAAUUCUGCCCUUCCAUAGCAGAAGUAUUGCUGAUUAUGUUGUAGUUCCUUUACUGGGGUGUGAAAUGGAGUCAACUGUAGGAGAAGUUGUUACAGAUACAUGGCUGAUUACUUGUAUUGAACAACAAAAGUUUUUUGACCCAAAGUCAAAUCCACUCUUCACACCAAUACCAGUAUUGGAAGGAAGUGGUACUCCUUUAGAAAACUGCGUUCUUUCAUUCAGCCAAUUUAUUGGAGCAGAGAAAGAUUCUUUGGUAUACUUGGCAAGCUUGCUUGGAGCAAGAGUUCAAGAAUUCUUUGUGCAUGAGGACUCUGCAGAGAAAGACAUUCUUGCCAGUACUCAUCUUAUAGUGAAACAGCCAGAUGGUUCUAAAUAUCAGACCGCACAGAAGUGGGGAUUACCUACAGUGACUAUGGCUUGGAUAUUGGAAACUGCCAAGUUGGGGAAGAAAGCAGAUGAAUACAAGUUUAUGGUUGGAAAUCUACCCAAACAAGCCGUAAAUCGCCCCACUUCCCCCGGGUGGGAAAUGGGAAUGGAUCGGAAACGAGAUCUAGGAGGCACCCGGAGAGGGUCCUCCCACCGCGCCGCCUUCCUGGCGUCACUUCCGCCAGGUGGCGGAAAAGGAAGCUCUCAGGUUGGCGCGAAAAUCGGCUCUGGGGCUUGCGCGGGGCCUCUCAAGCCGCGCUGGUCGCCUCAUUCCCGAGCCUCGCUCUGGAUUCCGGCGCAGCCGCCGCAGCCGCCGCCUCAGGACGUCGGGACCUCGGAGUGGUGA